GUUUAUAAAAGCUUUGUCUGGUUCUCCGCAGGCUCCCCAGAACGUUUCGCUGUUGCCGCCGCGUUCGGAGAAGAGAACCUUGAGCUCCGCAACGUUCUAGCUAGACUUAAAGGAGCAGCGGCGUCCGGCUAGCGCAAUCUUUUUUUUUUUUUAAAUUAUUAUUACUAUUAUUAAAAGCAGAAGUGCGGGCGAGGCAUUCAAAAGAGGCAAGGCAAAAUGAGGGAAAUCGUACACAUUCAAGCUGGGCAAUGUGGUAACCAGAUCGGAGCAAAGUUCUGGGAAGUGAUCAGUGAUGAACAUGGAAUCGACCCAACUGGAACCUACCAUGGUGACAGUGAUCUACAACUGGAUCGCAUCAGUGUUUACUACAAUGAGGCCACUGGUGGUAAAUAUGUCCCUCGUGCCAUCUUGGUUGAUUUGGAGCCAGGAACCAUGGACUCCGUGCGUUCUGGACCUUUUGGACAAAUAUUUCGACCAGAUAAUUUUGUAUUUGGCCAGAGUGGAGCUGGUAACAACUGGGCCAAAGGUCAUUAUACAGAAGGUGCCGAGCUGGUGGAUUCAGUCCUAGAUGUUGUGAGGAAGGAAGCUGAGAGUUGUGACUGCCUGCAAGGAUUCCAGCUGACCCACUCUCUAGGGGGUGGAACCGGUUCUGGAAUGGGCACCUUACUGAUCAGCAAGAUCCGUGAAGAGUACCCUGACCGUAUCAUGAAUACCUUCAGCGUGGUGCCCUCCCCCAAGGUCUCCGAUACCGUGGUGGAGCCUUACAAUGCUACCCUCUCUGUCCACCAGCUGGUGGAGAACACAGAUGAGACCUACUGCAUCGACAACGAAGCUCUCUACGACAUCUGUUUCCGCACCCUCAAGCUGACCACUCCAACCUACGGGGAUCUUAACCACCUGGUCUCGGCCACCAUGAGUGGCGUAACGACCUGCCUCCGCUUUCCCGGACAGCUGAACGCCGAUCUCCGCAAGCUUGCUGUAAACAUGGUUCCUUUCCCUCGGCUCCACUUUUUCAUGCCCGGCUUCGCUCCCUUGACCAGCCGUGGUAGCCAGCAAUACCGGGCCCUCACGGUCCCUGAGUUAACGCAGCAAGUUUUUGACGCCAAGAACAUGAUGGCAGCCUGCGACCCCCGGCACGGACGCUACCUCACGGUGGCCGCCGUCUUCCGAGGCCGCAUGUCCAUGAAGGAGGUGGACGAACAGAUGCUGAACGUGCAAAACAAGAACAGCAGCUACUUCGUCGAGUGGAUCCCCAACAACGUCAAGACAGCCGUGUGCGACAUCCCUCCCCGUGGCUUGAAAAUGGCGGUCACCUUCAUCGGCAACAGCACGGCCAUCCAGGAGCUCUUCAAGCGCAUCUCCGAGCAGUUCACAGCCAUGUUCCGUCGCAAAGCUUUCCUGCACUGGUACACAGGUGAGGGCAUGGACGAGAUGGAGUUCACGGAAGCGGAGAGCAACAUGAAUGACCUCGUCUCUGAAUAUCAACAAUACCAGGAUGCCACAGCUGAGGAAGAGGAGGAUUUUGGAGAAGAGGCGGAGGAAGAAGCUUGAGGUUAAACCUCGUGCCCUUUUGACACCUGUUCAAUAAGUCCUCACAAAAUAAAAAUAAAAAAAAAAUUUGCAUCUCUACCCUGUGUUUCCUUCUCCUUCUUCUCAAAACUUACCCUGUCCGCUCUCUUUUCAGACUUUUCUUACACAGCAGCCUCUUAACGAUGGUUUAAAGUUGGCUUGGCUUUUUUUUACAUGUAGUACUUUUUUUAGUUAUGGCAGGUACCUUGUAAAAUCAGGUGAGGGGGAGGCUGUGUAAGACACUGGGAGAUGAUGCAGUUCCUUCCUUGCCUGUAAUUCUUACUGUAUUUAUUAUUCCCCAACCUACAAUAUCUCUGUUGUCAACCUAAAUAAAACUGCAGCCUCAAGGGCCUCCAGCUACGACAAGGAAGUAGACAGUUUGGAGCAGACUUGCUUAGGGGAAAACAGAUACCUUUAAAAUGGAACCACUUCCUUGUUCUGCCAAAUGCUCCUUUCACCUUCCUGCCUUAAAGGCAUCCAUAUUCUGUAUCUGCAAUGGAAAAAUCCUUGCGUGGGCUGGACUUGGCUCUUCCCCCCUCCCCCCCAAUCAGUAUUCAUGUCCCAUCUGUCUACCACACUUGACUUAUCCCACUGGGGUUGACAUGUUUCAAAUCUGUGACUAAAUCUAAGGAUAUUUAUCACAGCUUCAUGUUUUGCCAAACAAAAAACCAACAGUAUUUUGUUCCCUAAAGCGGGCGUUUGUUCAAACUUUAGCUUUAAUCUUAAAUCCUAACCUUAGUUGAAUUAUUAAUUGAACAUUGCUAACCUCUCUUUUGAUUACUAUUCCAUCCAUGUUCCAAAGAAGUGUCCCAUUUGUAAGUAAUAACAUUUGAGACUUGUCUUAACCAUGAAGGCAGAGAAACUAAAGACCUUUCUAGGGACAGUGCUAGUUUUGGACCAUAAAGGUACAGCAUGUUUUAAGAAUGAAUUUCUAUAUAGGGCAUAAGAUGCACUAAAAACGAAGGUCGCUUCCACUUCAUUCAAAUUAGGUGCUUUUGAAAGAUACGUUGCUUAAUUGCUGCUCAAAGAAGCAAUUCCAUUAAAUAGGAAGGAAGGUGCCGUGUAAGUGCUAAAAAUUUAAAUUUGUUUUAGGGAGAGGUGUAGAGAUAGAUGUGUUUGAGGGUAGGUCUGCUCCAAAAGAAAUAUGAAUGAAGUUCAAAUGUUCCAGGAUGUACAAUGCAUGGUUUGUUUCAAGUUUGCUCAAUAUAUGACUAGCCAUCUUAUUGCAGAUGUAGACUGCCAUUGUGUUGCUUAAGUGAUAGCAAGUGUCAAAUAUAGAGAGGCCACUUAAGUUAGUGUGGCUAAAUGGAAGAGCAUAAAACACACUAACUUUGCCCCUAAAAUACUAGAUGGAGUAUUUUUGGCUCGAUGGGUCACCCCUAAAAGAUUGCCUUCUAUCAGUAUUUCUCAAGGAGAUGCGUGGACUCUGUCCUGCCUUUUCUUCUGCUUGUUGAUCCAACUUUUUACUCACCUGUUCCACUCAUUUGUCUUCUUUGCUUUUUCUUCUUUAAAAAAAAUCCCUGUUUGUUCAUAUUUGAAAAGUCCUGUGAACAAAUAAAAGUUGUUUUUU